AAAGUCAGACAGGCAAACCGAGCAAAACUGCGACAUACAAAUAUGCGGCUUAUCAUCGUCUUCGUAUUCAUGGCUGUGUGCUCGGCGACGUAUGUGCCGAGGAAGACAAGUUUUGAACCGACUCGUAAUCGCUUGCCCAGUGAAUAUUUUGCAAGAAAGAACAUGUUCCUAGAGGCACUGGAAUUAAAGCAUGGUUUAAAGUCAACAGUGAAAAGAGGAAUAUCGGCUGAGUACAGUAGCAUGUGUGCGCAAUUCUUUCCUCAAAGCACGUACAUAUGCGCUGACGGAACUUAUUGCAUCUCCGAAUUCAACUUGUGUGACGGUCAUAAACUUUGCGGAGACGGAAGUGACGAAAUAGACUGUGGUAGUAGUGGUGGAGAUAAUGGCGAUAACAACGGCAAUACCGUAGGGGCUGCUUCGUACGACGACAAUUGUGCUAGUUGGUUUCCAGACAGCACGUAUAGAUGUAGUGACGGAAGUUUUUGCAUACCGGAGCGUAAUGUGUGCGACGGACACACUCUCUGUGGUGACGGUAGCGAUGAGAUUGGAUGCAAUGCCGGAAACAAUAAUGGUGGUAACAAUGGUGGCAAUAACGGUGGAAACAAUGGUGGCAAUAACGGUGGUAACGGUGGUGGAAAUGGUGGUGGAAACGGUGGAAACAAUGGAGGCAAUAACGGUGGAAACGGUGGUGGUAGCAGUAAUUCAGAACCUGAAGCUUAUGAAGACAAAAACGGUUGCGGCAAAUGGUAUCCGAAUAGCCCAUAUACAUGUGCAGAUAAAAGUUUGUGUCUAAAAGAAAAUCAACUUUGCGAUGGUCUCAUCUACUGUCUGGAUUACAGUGACGAAGUUGGAUGUGGAUACGGUGAAACUGACAGCAAUGGUUGUACGGUACCAAAGCAAAUGGGUAACAGUGGAACCAAAGAUUUCGAAGACCAACUGCUCGAAGCGCAUAACUAUUUCCGUUGCUUGCACGGAGUGGAGCCGCUCACCUGGGACAGUUCACUGGCACAGACGGGUCAACUCGUGGCACAGGACAACGCAGACAGGGGAAUGCUUAAACACAGCAGUUACGGAUAUGGUGAAAAUCUCGCUAUGUCUGGACUGGAAAAUAUGAGUUACGCAACAGGUUAUGGAUUCGUCAAGAUGUGGUACGACGAAAUAGAAUUUUACAAUUACGGUAAUCCCGGAUUCUCUUCCGCUACCGGUCACUUCACCCAGGUUGUGUGGGCAGAUAGCAAGACGCUUGGCUGUGGCGCUGUCGACGAUGGCAACAGAGUUUGGCUUGCCUGUGAAUAUAGCCCACCUGGCAAUUACAACAACCAGUUCUCUUCAAACGUACCUCAACCAUUAUAAAGAUUACACGUCGAAAACAUAGAACAAAACUAAAUCUCCCGCCGACAUAUUGCGUAAUUAUUUUGCGUUUUCUAUUCUUCCAAUCAUGCACAUGAAAAAUGUUCAUUUCAUAAAACACAUUUUUUCAUGAAAUUCUUACAAUUGAAAGAUUUAUUUCGUGUUAUGUAUUUUUUUUAUAAAAGAAAAUAGUUUAAAUAAACUGUUGAAAUCUCA